AAACAAUUUGUGACAUUAACUAGUAUGGAUAGAUUUCUGAAUGAGAUGGAAAGGGAGAAGCCAAUCGGGUUCACUGUUGAGCAGUUAAGGAUUGCAACUGAUAAUUACUCUUUGUUGGGGUCAGGAGGUUCCGGAGCAGUUUAUAAAGGAAGUUUUAGUGAUGGAACCAGCAUAGCUGUGAAGGUUCUACGUGGGAGUUCUGAGAAGAGAAUUAUUGAGCAGUUUAUGGCAGAAGUAGCUACUAUUGGUAAAGUUCAUCAUUUCAAUCUAGUUCGUCUACAUGGAUUUUGCUUUGAAAGUCACUUCAGAGGACUGGUUUAUGAGUACAUGGCGAAUGACACACUUGAGAAGUACUUGUUUUGUAAAAGCAUGUUCUUAUCAUUUGAAAAGCGUCAUGAGAUUGCAGUUGGCACACCAAGAGGCAUCGCUUAUUUACAUGAAGAGUGCCAACAAAGAAUAAUCUAUUAUGACAUCAAACCAGGAAAUAUUCUCUUGGACUGGAACUUCUGUCCUAAAGUUGCUGAUUUUGGUUUGGCCAAGCUUUGCAAUAGGGACAAUGCUCAUAUAACCCUGACCCGGGGGACUCCUGGUUUUGCUGCACCUGAACUUUGGAUGCCUAAUUUUCCUGUAACUCACAAGUAUGAUGUUUACAGCUUUGGCAUGCUGUUAUUUGAAAUCAUUGGCAGGAGAAGAAACCAUAACAUUAACCUUCCAGAAAGUCAGGUAUGGUUUCCAAUGUGGGUUUGGAAAAGAUUUGAUGCUGAACAAGUGAGGGAUUUGAUAACAGCCUGUGGGAUAGAGGAUCAAAAUUGCGAGAUUGCAGAAAGAUUUGUUAGGGUAGCUCUGUCAUGUGUUCAGUAUAGGCUAGAAUCAAGACCUAUAAUGAGUGUUGUGGUGAAAAUGUUGGGAGGUUUUAUUGAAGUUCCAAAGCCUAUGAACCCAUUUCCGCACCUGGUUGAUUGGUCUUCCCCCACUCAUCUUGUCCAAGCGUCGCAGAUCAAUGCUGAUAAAAGUAUUUGUUUCGACUCUUCAGUAAUGUUAACCAAAUCUGUCCAUGUAAUUACCACUCCUAUUUUGACCAAGUACGAGAUCUACCUAAAAAAGUUUCAAUGA